UGCACGUACACAAGUUAGCUAGCUCUGUUUUGUCCUCUAAACCUUUUCGUUUGCGUUUAUUUUAUGAAAGAAAUAAUUAUUUGUGCUAUAAUAAUAAUUAACAAUAAUAAUUGUAAUAACAAUACAUCUAACAUCUAACUAGCAUUUACAUUCUGCUAAAUAACAAUUGUUGUUGGUAUCUAUCUAGCUAUCUAUUUAUCUGUCUGUCUGUAUGUCUCUCUAUCUGUAUCCCUCUGUCUGUCUCUCCCUCUAUUUAUCUAUCUGUCUAUCUCUGUCUGUCUGUCUCUAUUUUUAUCUAUCUAUUCAUCUAUCUAUCUAUCUGAGAGGUUUUAUUCAUAAUUUGUUUAAAGAGAAGAGCUGAACAUUUUACUGUGCUAAAACAGUUCAAUUUAUAGAAAAUCUGCAAAUUCUAAACAUUUGCUCAUAACUAAAUCUCUCUUAUAACAAAAUCUAAUUUGCUCAUACCUAAAUCUCUGUUUAUUUUAAAUUCUUGCUUUUUUAAGAGAAUAAAUGUCAAACGAAUGCAUUCGGAUUUUUUUUUUAACUAAAAAGGAAAUAUUUCACUAACAGCAGUGCACUCAGAGGUCUGUAGUGGCGCUUACUAAGCGUGUAGUCGUCUGAUUGGUUGAGCACAGACUCGGUAGCGCGCACCCUUCUGGGAUAUGUAGUUCCGCAAACCUCACUUACUCGCUGAUCUUUGCUGUUUCAUACCGAACUGUGAAAACUACAGUAGGAGGGCGGGGGCAGCUCCUUGUUUGUAGGCGUGGCUUGAUACGCACGCGGUGGUUGAUUGUUAAAGCGGCCGCGCGCGUCGCGUGUGUGCAUGACUCCUGUACGGGGUGAUGACAGCUGGGAAGCUCGCGCUCAUAUAAGAGAGAGGACAGGACGCGUUAAUGAUAAUAACGGAAUGCCGGACACGAGGCGCAUCUCAUGGAGGACAAGCGUGCUGACUGUCAGCCUGGUUGGACUUUUAAAACUGUGCCAGAUCACAUACGGUUUGACAGGUGUUCUGGACGACUGCUUCUGCGACAUCGAGAGCAUCGAUGUCUUCAACAACUUCAAGAUUUUUCCUCUCAUACGCAAGCUCAUUGAAAGAGACUACUUUAGAUAUUACAGGGUGAACCUGAAGCGCCCAUGCCCAUUCUGGCCCGACGACAGCCACUGCGCUAUCAAGGACUGCCACGUGGAGCCCUGCCCAGAGAGCAAGAUCCCAGUGGGAAUUAAAUCGGGCAACUAUAAUAAGUAUUCUAUCGUUGCGAACAGAGACAUUGAGGAAUGUGAACAGGCCCAUGAACUGGGUGCCAUUAACAGCACACUGAGUAAUCAAAGUAAAGAGGCUUUUGAGGACUGGGCUCACCAUGACGAUGCUCAGGAUCACUUCUGUGGCCUGGAUGAUGAGACAUCUCCCGAUGCCGAGUAUGUGGAUCUGCUGUUGAAUCCCGAACGGUACACAGGGUACAAAGGACCCUCUGCUUGGAGAGUGUGGAACAGCAUCUAUGAGGAGAACUGCUUCAAGCCACGGUCUGUGUAUCGGCCUCUUAACCCCUUGGCCCCAAGUCGUGGCGAUGAUGAUGGUGAAGGCUUUUACAACUGGCUGGAAGGAUUGUGUUUGGAGAAGAGAGUGUUCUACCGGCUCAUUUCUGGCCUCCACAGCAGCAUUAAUAUCCACCUGUGUGCUGAAUACCUGCUGGAUGAGCGCUGGGGGAAGGCUCUGUGGGGACCCAAUGUGCACGAGUUUCGUCGGAGGUUCGACUCUGCUGAAACCAAGGGCGAGGGAACACGCAGGCUGAAGAACCUUUACUUCCUGUACCUGAUUGAGCUGAGAGCGCUGUCCAAAGUGGCGCCAUAUUUCGGGCGUUCGUUUAUUAACCUGUACACGGGCAACUCACAGGAAGACUCAACUACCAAAGAGCUACUCCUGCAGAUCUUCAACGAGACCAAAGCUUUCCCCAUGCACUUUGAUGAGAGCUCCAUGUUUGCAGGCCACGAACUGGAAGCUAAAAGGUUAAAGGAAGAGUUCAGGCUCCAUUUUAAGAACAUUUCUCGUAUAAUGGACUGCGUGGGCUGUAGUAAAUGUCGACUGUGGGGGAAGUUGCAGACCCAAGGACUGGGCACGGCCCUCAGGAUUCUCUUCUCUGAGAAAGAGAUCAAGAAUCUUUCAGAAAACAGUCCCUCGAAAGGCUUCCAGCUCACACGCCAGGAAAUUGUAGCACUGCUUAACGGCUUUGGGAGACUCUCCACCAGUAUAAAAGAGCUACACAACUUCAGAACGCUUCUAAAGGACCAAAGGUAACACACACCUCGACCACCAGGUGGUGCUAACCCAGAGGACCCUGCAGUAGUCUCAACUUCCACAAUCUGAGACCUUUAUCAGGAACUGUAGAGUUGAAUGUGGCCAACAGGAACUCCCCCAGCUGAGCUUGCCAAAUCCCUCUGCUCUCUUCUGCUUUUCUCUGCUGCCUGACUAACAGGAAAUAAAAACACUGCAGCUCAAGCGUGGCAAACCGCCAGCUUCUGAUGGAAACAGGAAUCAGAGGCAGGACCAGAGUGCACGCACCACGUUUCCUAAUCGAUGACCCAGACCUCACAGCUCUUUCUAAUUUGCUCCUCAAAAAGUAGUUGUUUUUGUUUCUGUUUUUAGGGUGUCUGUAUGUGUGUUGUGUAAGAGAGCAGGUAUGAAUGUAAUAUGUUUGUAUGUCAGUAAGAACAUGUACACACAUGAGGCUUUUUUGGAAUUUUACUUUUUUUUUUUUUUUUUUUUUUAAUGUGUUUCCUAUCUCUAGAGACAGGCAGGUUAAUAAUUGUCUUUCAUAUUUACUUGCAGUGCUGCCAAAUAGUUCCAUAGGCUUUUUCUGUCUUAAAAUGAGGAAAUGUAGCAUAUGUUACAACUCGGAGCAACUCAUAACAAGCAAUAUGCUUACAGUCUAUUAAAUUGUCUUUAAAUUGUCUGCAGUGAAAACUUCAGUGUUAAUGUUAAACACUUGCUUGGUUCGUUUGAGAGUUUUAAGUUUAAAAAAAAAGUUAUAUUUGUGUCAGAUAUUUUCUCUUUAUUUGUGUUUCAUUAUUAUUAUUAUUAUUAUUUUUUUAAAGACUCAUCUGUGAAGGAGUGUGUAUGUUUGUGAGUGAGAGAGAGAGAGAGAGAAAGUUCUUUUUCUUUCUUAUUACGGGGAAUUUGGACCAAACACGUUUCCCAUGUUGGUUCUCUGGUGAUUUCAGCACAUUGUAAGUGUGAGUGCAAGCUGCCAAAUAUUUUCUGUACACAUAGAUACAAUACAGUCAGCUCAAAACCUAUAGUCACCCUUCAUAAAAAUUCAUCAAGAAGUAAUGUAUGGAAUAAAACCGAAGUACAAAAAAAAAAUGCAAUAAAAAGCAAAACUGUUAAUUAUAAUGUUGUUUAGUUUCUAUAGUCAAUUUGACUUUGACUUUUCAUGAAGGGUGAUUAACCUACUUGAAUCCUUGUUCUUACACUGAGCCAGUUUAUUUUAUAUACUUUCAUUACUCAUUUGUUGCAGUGUGUCAGCUACUUGUACCCUGUCCUGUCCGUCAACACGGGGCACAAUAGUACCUUCCCUAACAAUAUUAUUUUUUUUAGGUUGUCUAUUACAACCAAAAGAAGUAAUGUAGACACCAGGUAUGUCUAAUAGACUGGCAGCUUAAUCACUCUACCUAAUCAACAUAAGACUAAGAGGAGAUCAGCUGUGUGUGUGUGUGUGUGUGUGUGUAUGUGUGAGUGUGUAGUGUUGCAUGAUCGUAGAGCACCACAGCGUCCUGCGUGUUCCACUCGUUUGCCUUAACAUUACUAAGCGAUUACAAUUUGUAAAAAGCUUACAUACAGGAAACCUCUCUACUAAACAGAUCGCGUCUUUUAGAGUUCCUACGUUUUCUUCAAUAAAAUAAUUUUAAAAAACAACAACUCAAAAUGUGAUCCCUUCCCAUUUUCUGAUUUCUGUCUUCUGUGCUUGAAAUUAGCGAUACUGGCCGUUUUUUUAAGUGUUAAAGAAAGGAUUAUAAUUCUCACUUUAAAAUAGGAAGAACCCAGCUAAAGGACAUAAAAGUUUUUUUUUAGCACUUAGGAUCUGACUAAACAUUUACACAUUGACCUGAGAGCAUCAAAGGUCAUCUCAAGCCAGUCUGCAGAGUCCGCAAAUAUGCUCCUUUAGAAUGAGUGUGUGAUGUGGUAUCUAAUGCUUUUUUUUCUUAUCGGUCCUAAAUAUGCACCAUUUGUUAAAUAAAUAUUUUGUUUUCCAGAUUUCCUUCCUGUCUAUGUGCAUUAUAAUGACUGAUUGGUUUAUUUGUGAACUUGUCGAAUCUAUUUAUUUUAAAAGAGGAAUAAAUCUUUCGGUCAUUGGA